UGUUCGCCGCGCCGUCGACGGGGACUGGCGCUCUGUCGAUCGCAGUCGUUGCGCUCCGUCCGGCGUCGGCAGCGUCCGCACGCGCCACGCGUGCGCGCGCUCUUCUAAGUCAGUUGCGCCAAGUUUGAGGAGCGGAGCGGCACGCCGGCGGGUGCGCUCUCCCGUAGAGCACGCGUCCCGGCCAGGUGUACUGCGCCCGCCUUGCGUCGGUCGCCGUCAAUGUUUCCCCGUGCACGUGACCGCUCGACAGAGCCAUGGCUGAGCUGAAUUGCAGCAGCGAGCAGUCGCAGCUUGGCGGUGACGUGCUCCUCGUAAACCUGAGCGCGUUCGGCGAGGAGCUCGCAGGCGGCGCCUGGAGCGGCAAUGGCGGCACCCAUUUCACGUGGUCCGAGUACGUCAAGAUCGGCGCAUACCUGGCGACUAUCGCGGUGGCCGCCGUGGGCAACACCUGCGUCAUCCUGACGGUGGCGCUGAACCGCAGCUUGCGCACCACCAUCAACUGCUACCUGACAAACCUGGCCGUGGCAGACGCCAUUAUCAGCAUGUUCUGCAUGUGGGUCUACCUGGUCAAGAACCUGUCCGACUGGUACGUGCUCGGGGCCUUCAUGUGCCGCAUCGAGGGAUUCGCCCAGAUGACGGCCGUGACGUGCAGCGUCCUAACGCUGUCCGCGAUCUCGUGCGACCGGUUCACGGCCAUCCUGUACCCGUUCCGCGCACGCAUCACAAAGCAGCGCACGGGUGGGGUGCUGGCCGCUGUGUGGCUCCUGUCGGCCACCGUCGCCUCGCCUCUCCUACUUUACACCACGCCCUACAACGUACAGUGGACCGACGUGGAGCUGACGUACUGCGGAGAGAGUUGGCCACAACGCAUCGAAUGGGACCCUGUGGAGCAAGCGUGCGUGGCGCGGUCGCCCUUCAAGCAGCUCUAUUACACGGCCGUCACGGUGGCACUGUUCUUUGUGCCCGUGCUCGUGAUGAGCUCGGCUUACGCGCUCAUCUUGCACGCUCUCUGGAGGGACCGGCACCCGGGCGAGGCCAACGCCAACAAUGCGCUGCUCCACUCCCGGGCCAAGAGGAAGGUUGUGAAGCUGGUGUGCGUGGUGCUUCUUGUGUUUGUCCUCUGCUGGAUGCCCUUCCAAGUCAUCGUUCUGUUUUCUCAGUUUCGGGACAACGGGAACCACAGCCAGCCGUUACCUUCGUGGUUCUCGCCGGCGUCGUUCUGGUGCACGUACUUGGCGUACGCCAACAGCGCACUGAAUCCCAUCAUCUACGGCGGCAUGACGCCCACAUUCCGCCAGGGCCUGGCCAAUGUGUUGCGCUGCGGACACCGACGCCGGACCGACUAUCCAAAGCGAUGGUCGGUGCGGUCCCGGCUGACGCUGACCACAGGACCGAACGCCGGCAGCGCCACUCGUCCUCUGCGGUUAUGCGCCAAGACCUCAUACUCGGGCACUUCGUCCACCACGAUGCUGCUCACUGCGCAGAGGGUGACACCACCCGUGGCGCGGUGCCCCUGCCGCACCGGCAGAGUGUGCGCCGCCACCGACGUGUAGUGGUUCGGAAUCGGCGCCCUGGCACGCCGCCUCCGCUACUGAUUGGUUACGUGCGCUUGGCGCUCGAACUGAAAGACGCGCACCUGUGCACAGGAAAGAAAAUCAUAAACUGUGCAUCUCGCGGCAAACAAAAAGAAAGUGGAAAAUCAUUAAUGUUUUAUGGAUGAAUGAGUUUGGGGCGGAAGAAUGAACGAAAUAGAUCCGCGACUUGAGAUGCGCACUUCUUUGAGCGUCUGAUGAUGGGGCCUUCGGCUGUGAGUCAUUCUGCUUCUGAUAUUUGCUUGACAAGGCGCUAUGUAGCACGUGAUCGCAAGAUGCUGUCAAAAUGAAUGAACACGCCUAUUCGUGCCCACAGCGCUGUUGGUGUCACCGCCCCCCAAAAAUGUUUGUCUUGGGAUCCAUUAAAAGCUCAUCAC